AUCAUAAUGAUGAUUAUUUUUCUAUUUUUGGUAAUAGUAAGAGAAAGUUGCAUGCCAGGGCACUACGAGCGGCAGCUGCUGAACGACCUCCUCAAGAACUACAACACCCUCGAGCGCCCUAUCGCCAACGAGUCUUCGGCCAUCGUCGUCAAGCUGGGUCUCACGCUGCAACAAAUUAUCGAUGUGGACGAGAAGAAUCAGAUUCUAACAACAAACGUCUGGCUAAAUUUUGAAUGGACUGACCACAACCUCAUCUGGAACGAAUCCGAGUACGGGGGGGUGGCUGACCUCAGGAUCCCCCCCAAGUACCUCUGGACACCUGACGUCCUCAUGUAUAACAGCGCUGACGAGGCUUUCUCCAGCAUGUAUCCGACCAACGUGGUGGUGACGAGUUCGGGUACCUGCACCCACAUCCCGCCGGGUAUUUUCAUGUCGACCUGUAGAAUCGACAUCACCUGGUACCCGUUCGACGACCAGAAGUGCGAGAUGAAAUUCGGGUCUUGGACGUACGACUUGGCGAAGAUUGACCUCCAGCUGCAGAGUCCAGACGGCGGCGACAUCAGCGGGUACAUAGCCAACGGGGAGUGGGAUCUCAUAGCGGUGCCAGGCAAGCGGAACACCCUUUCGUACAGCUGCUGUCCCGAGGUCUACGUGGACGUCACCUUCAAGAUCCACAUCCGCCGGCGAACGCUCUAUUACUUCAGCAACCUCAUCAUGCCCUGCGUUCUCAUCUCCUCCAUGGCGCUGCUGGGCUUCACGCUUCCGCCCGACUCCGGCGAGAAACUCACUUUAGGAGUCACUAUACUGCUCUCGCUUACCGUAUUCCUAAACAUUGUCACCGAAAAUAUACCUGAGACUUCCGAUGCUGUUCCUCUCAUAUCCACGUACUUCAACUGCAUCAUGUUUAUGGUGGCCUCCUCCGUGGUGCUGACCGUGGUAGUGCUGAAUUACCAUCAUCGCACUCCUACCACUCAUACAAUGCCGAACUGGAUCAAGUGCGUGCUCCUGCAGUGGCUGCCGUGGCUCCUGCGCAUGAACCGGCCGGGCAAGAAGAUCACGCGCAAGACAAUCAUGAUGAACAACAAGAUGCGAGAGCUCGAGCUCAAGGAGCGGUCGUCCCGCUCGCUGCUGGCCAACGUGCUCGACAUCGACGACGACAUCCGCCAGAUCCACGCGUCGGGCACCACCACGCCGGCAGGAGGAGGGGCGAGGGGGACGCCCUCCUACAACGGUGGAUACCACCGCCUCCUGGGCCGGUCCUACGAGGAAGGAGCUCCCCUGCUGGCGCCGCACUCCUCCUUCUGCUUUCAGAACACGCGCGAGCUGCAGAACAUCUUGCGCGAGCUCCGCUUCAUCACCAACCAGAUGAGAAGCAACGAGGACGACACCGAGGUGAGGCACGACUGGAAGUUCGCCGCGAUGGUGGUGGACAGGUUCUGCCUCAUCACCUUCACCCUCUACACCGUCAUCUCCUCGGUGGUGGUCCUCCUGUCGGCGCCGCACAUCGUGACCAACUAG